GAGGCGGGAGAUGCAGAGGCUGUGAGCCUCUACUCGGUGUCCCCAUCAGAGCGUCACCCGUGUCUGCAUACAUCUGAUGCCUCCCUCCCCGCAGUGUGGCUGAGUCUGUGACUCCCUGGGGCUGUGUUUGAGCAAGGUUUGCUGAGGGCAGCCGAUGCCGUCCGGGAAGCGUUUAUUCCUGCCCUGCGCAAAUAAGUCCGUUUCCCUUCCCAGGCCUCGACUUUCUCAUCUAUUAAGUGGGACUCGCGCGACUGUGUAACCAUUUCUGAGUAGCUGUAUUUGUGUUGAAACAAGAGAACCUUCGUGUCCGCUUCUUAUGCGAGGAACUUUUGAGUCACAGCUUCCAGUCUGUGAACUGGGACGAAGGGGAAAGCUGUCGAGGGGAUUAGAGGGUGAAGUCUUGGGCGGAAAAUGUUAUUACACUCUAAUGACACGUGUAGCCCCUCUGCAAAAGCCUGUCUAUGCCAUCUGGAUCCUGUCUGUUGCCCUCAGGCUCUGCCUCUGUAAAAUGGGAGGAUAGACGGCUUUCUCACGGGGUUUUUGCGGUGGAUGAAGGAGUGCGUGCAGCGCACAAAGCCCUGCGAGCAGCACGGGACCCUUGGGGCAAGCGGCCCAUGGAGCCGAGGCUGCUGCGGCCGGCGCCGGUGAGCGAGGUCAUCGUCUUGCAUUACAACUACACGGGCAAGCUUCGCGGUGCACGCUACCAGCCCGGCGCGGGGCUGCGUGCCGACGCCGCCGUGUGCCUGGCGGUGUGCGCCCUCAUCGUGCUCGAGAACUUGGCGGUGCUGUUCGUGCUUGGGCGCCACCCGCGCUUCCACGCGCCCAUGUUCCUCCUCCUGGGCAGCCUGACGCUGUCCGACCUGCUGGCGGGCGCGGCCUAUGCCGCCAACAUCCUGCUGUCGGGGCCUCUCACGCUGCGCCUGUCGCCCGCGCUCUGGUUCGCCCGUGAAGGUGGCGUCUUCGUGGCGCUCGCCGCGUCGGUGCUGAGCCUCCUGGCCAUCGCGCUUGAGCGCCGCCUCACCAUGGCCCGCCGAGGACCCGCGCCCGCCGCGCGUCGGGGACGCACGCUGGCAAUGGCGGCUGCCGCCUGGGGCGUGUCGCUGCUCCUCGGACUACUGCCGGCGCUCGGCUGGAAUUGUCUGGGCCGCCUGGACACCUGCUCCACCGUCCUGCCGCUCUACGCCAAGGCCUACGUGCUCUUCUGCGUGCUCGCCUUCCUCGGCAUCCUGGCCGCCAUCUGUGCGCUCUACGCGCACAUCUACUGCCAGGUGCGUGCCAACGCGCGGCGCCUGCGGGAGCGGCCCGGGGCUGCCGGGGGCACCUCCAGCCGGGCGCGCCGCACGCCGCGCUCGCUGGCGCUCUUGCGCACGCUCAGCGUGGUGCUCCUGGCCUUCGUGGUGUGUUGGGGCCCCCUCUUCCUGCUGCUCUUGCUCGACGUGGCGUGCCCCGCGCGCGCCUGCCCCGUGCUCUUGCAGGCCGACCCCUUCCUGGGCCUGGCCAUGGCCAACUCGCUUCUGAACCCCAUCAUUUACACGCUCACCAACCGCGACCUGCGCUUCGCUCUCCUGCGCCUGGUCUGCUGCGGCCGCCGCCCCUGCCACAGAGGGCAGGACGCCUCGCAGGGGUCCGGGAGCCCCGCUGGGCCUUCGGGAGGCCUGAACCGCUGGCUGCCCCCCGGCGUGGACGGCAGCUCCAGCCGCUCCGAGCGCUCGUCACCCCAGCGGGACGGGCUGGACACUAGCGGCUCCGCUGGCGGCCCUGGGGCGCCCACAGCCGCCCGGACCCUGGUACCCGCUCCGGCCGCAGACUGACGCCCUUUGGCCUGCCAGUACCCUCCCCAAGAGCUGUUUUGCAGACUUUUUCUUUUUAAAUAAAGGAAUUUGGAGGAAAAGCAGCUGAAGAUGGUGGCGGCGGAAGAGACGAAGGGAAACGUGUUUUAUUUAUGCUAAGCCCCACAGCAGUAAAUGAAACAGACAAAAAUCGCGGCCCUUGUAGCAGUGACAUUCUGAUGGGGGACACAGGCACUAACAGGGUGAGGACAUCACGGAUAUAAUUCCAGCUACAAUACAGUGAUGCGAUGGUGGUCGGGGGAUGCUUCUCUGCAGAAGUGGUGACUUACGAUGUAAGUUGAGACUUCAUUGCCCUGGGAACAUUUGAAAGAAGAGCUUUGCAGGAUGAAGGAACAGCAGUGCAAAGGUCCCGAGGCUGGAACGUGCCUGUGUUUUCUCGGAAAAGCAAAGAUCCUCUUUGCGGCUGGAGCAACAAGGGAGGGGGGGUGGUGGGAGGAAACAAAGGCAGGAAAAUGCUGGGGCAGAGUGGGCAGAGCCUUGUGGGCCCCGUCCAGGACUUUGCUUUUUCUCUGAGUGAAGUGGGAGGCGGAGGACAGACUUGAUUUGCUUGAGAUGUUCACAGAUCUCUGUAAGGGUGAAGGUCAAAGCUAGAACAAGGUGAAAAUGCCUGCACUGGCCCAGGAGAGCAAGGAUGGGGCCUCAGACUAUGUGGAUUCUGAAUAGAUUUUGGAGACAGCAGGCGGGAAUUACUGAGGAAUUCAGUGUGGGCGUGAGAGAAAGAAAGGAAUCAAGUUUAGAGGAGAGAAUGCCAAAGACACGGCACCCUAAACUAAAAUUUGACUGUGAGAAACAGCCAAUUCCUAUCUGAAAAAGAUUUGAGUGUGGUGUCAGAUCCUUCAUAAAAAAAUAAAAAAUAUAAUA